GACACCGCCCCCCUCGCCGCGGUGUGAAAGUAAUCACAGCAGAGGCAGGUCUGACGUUCAAAGUGUCUCACAGACCCUGUGCUGUCAGUGUCCCGCCGGAGCCUCCCGAUCGAUGACUGUUGAUCACCGUAAGCUUACGAGCAAAAUGAAGCGAAGCCACAAUUACAGUUCAUCGGACAGCGACCUGGACGACAAUGUUGAUGUGGAAAAGGAUAGUGGCGACGAAACCGGUCAACUUGAUUCCCACGGCUCGAUGUCACCCUCCACAGCCACGCAAGUUCAAGCCAGGAAAAGGCGCAGAGGGAUAAUUGAGAAAAGGAGACGUGACAGAAUCAAUAAUAGUUUGUUAGAGUUGAGAAGACUGGUGCCAAGUGCUUUUGAGAAACAGGGAUCAGCUAAAUUGGAAAAGGCUGAAAUUUUACAGAUGACUGUAGAUCAUUUGAAGAUGCUUCAUGCAUCUAAUGGCAAAGGGUACUUUGAAGCUCACGCUCUUGCUAAGGAUUACCGCAGCCUGGGAUUCAGGGAGUGCCUGGCAGAGACGGCUCGCUACCUGAGCAUCGUAGAAGGUCGAGAGAGUACAGACCCCCUUCGUAUACGUUUGGUGUCCCACCUCAGCAACUACGCCUCUCAGAGGGAGGUGCACACUGGACUGGAGCACUUAGCUUGGGGCUCUGCUUAUGGGACUGCCCCUGCCCAUCAUCCCCACCCCCUCCUCCUGCAGCACCCCCAGGGCAGGACACCCGCAUCCAGAAGUAACAGUAGCCCACCCUCCUCCUCGUCUUCUUCUUCCUCUACAUCUUCCUCCUCCUCCACUGAAGCUUCCGGGACAUCCAGACUCAGUGUCAUGCCCCCCACAGAGUCCCUCAGGGUGCCUCCCAACGGCUCGCUGUCCCUCAGUCUGCCAGUGCCAACAUCCAAGAUAUCACCACCACUCCUUUCAUCCCUCUCCUCACUGUCGGCCUUUCCCCUUUCCUUCAGUGCUUUCCCUCUGGUCUCUGCAUCAGCCCUGAGCACAGUGAGCCCCUCCUCCACCUUGUCGAAGCCUUACAGGCCUUGGGGCACAGAGAUUGGGGCCUUCUGAAGCUAACAACUGGACUGAAGGCAACAGUUGAGCUGUGCCCACCACUGCAAACUAGGCAGGACAACUUGCCUCAUCCGUUUUUAUAGCAAUAAAACACAGGGGAACAAAGCAAUUUAUUUUAUUAAGUGUAAAGAAUAAGUGGGAGAGAUUGCUGAGAGUUUUAGUUUUCUCUCAGUAUGUCAUUACUCUUAUAAACAAAGGAAUUCUAAAUGAUUUUAUAUUGUUUGAAAAUGAUAAAUAGUUUAGUUAACUUGCACUGUCUCCAGGUUGAGGACUGAAAUAUGGGCCAUGGAUAGGUUUACUGUAAGCACACGUAGUAAAGGUAAUAUUUUGUAGACCACAUGCUGAAACGUCUGCAUGUGUCCAGCAUGGAUGUCUGUGUUUAACAUGAUGUAGAAUUAAUUAAUUUGGUCUGCUUUGGUGUCAGGACUUGUGGAAAUGCAUAUACAUACUAUAUGUGCCGUUAUGGAAAACUAACCACUUGUGAAUCGGAAACUUUCAUUCUUGUAUCUAAUUGUAAUAUUUUUGUACCAAUAAAUUGAGUUAGAAAAAUCUGAAACAUGGAUUUAAAC